CAGCACAUGUCCUCCCCGCCAGGCUAACCCAACACACACACACACACACACACACACACACAUACAUAUACACACACACACUCGCGUAUACCCUGCAGCCUGUGUGCAAUUAUUUAGUUAUGAAACGCGCGAUCGGAUGAAACAAAAGUGAGACGAGAACAAAAGAACAUCACAUUUGUGCGCGCCAUGACAGUCGAGGCCGUGUUCGGAUGGCUGACGGCGGCGAGGGAGCAGGAAAAGUGUCCCGUCGAAGCCAGAGUCAGCGUGUCGGAACGUUUGUUUACAGCGUGAGUCGUGCGGGACGGAAAAAGGCGGACAAAUGACUCGCCAGCGCCCCAGCACCGCCGCGUCGCCGUCUUUUGUUUUCCUUUUCCUCUUGGUUCCCUCGGGGCGAACCGCAUCAUGGCGUGCACUCUGCUCAGGAUCGUGCAGGCCGCCGUCAGUCUGAGGCGCAGAUUUGAGUGUGCCAUCCACUCCUCCUUCGAGUCCGUGGAGAGCGGCGGCGAGGAGCAGCGGGAGCAGCAGCAGCAGGAGGAGCCCGCCCCGGCACAGCCCCGCGCCGAGGACCUUUCCACCAGCGAGCACCUCUCCAGGACCUUCCGCCUCACCUUCGAGGAGGGAGACCCCGACGACCAGCCAGACAUGACCUUCCUGCGUGCCUCUGAGGGCCAGGAGGGGGCAGAAGGGGGCGCCGCUUACGCCGACGCCCCUGCCUCCACCUCCAUUGACGUCCUGGAGGAUGUGAGCUUCCCUGCGUCGCCUGCCACGGCCGAGGACACCAGUCUGGCCUUAACCCUUCACUCCCCGGAGCCCUUCACCCCGGCAGCCUCCGCCCUGCCCUCGCCAGAAGCUGCACCAACAGUCUUCCCUCAUGUUUCCCAGGCGCCCUCACCUGACUCAGCCUCGGCGCCUCCCUUGCCCUACCAUCCCGAUCCCUCACCUGCCGCCGUGCUCCCAGAAGCCAUCCCUAAGGUACAGGUGCACGAGGUGAGCGGGUCUGAGCGCAGCAGCAGUGACAGCGACAGCAGCAGUAGCAGCAGGUGCAGCGUCAAGUCGGUGAGGCUGCGGUGUGCGGAUGCCGUGUCCCCGUCAAGUGGGUGCAAGCCGGCCAAGCUAAUCCGUAGUGACGCCAUGGUGAGCAGCGCCGAGCGGGAGGCAAGCGGCUCCAUGCGGUGGAUGCUGAUGCUGCAGGACUCCGGCACGGCGCUGCUGAAGGAGGUGGAGCAGGGACAGAGCCAGGAGCAGGAAGAACAGAGGGAGGCACAGGACGAGACCCAGGAGGAGGAUGAGAGGCGAGGAAGUGACUCAGACGGCAGUGAAGUGAUGGCUUACUCUGAGUGGCUGAUGAAAGGCAAGCAGGUCCUGGAGUGCGAGUCUUCGUCAGGAGAGGACAAUGAAACACGCACGGGGAGUGAAGACAAGUCGGAGGAGGAUGAAGACAACGAAGACGACGACGAAGAAGAAGAAGACGUACAGGAGGACAUCGAUGACUACCUUGAUGAUAGUGAGGAGGAGUACCUGGAUGACGAAGGGGAGAUGAUGGUGGAGGCUUCAUUCGAGGACUCCUUCGUGGAUGACGGCUUCGUGAGUCUGGAGAUGGAUGACUACGAUGAUGACGUCAUUAUAGAGGAGAACGAGGAAGACCUGGAGAGGGAGAGGAUGGAGGAGGAGAUGAUGCUGGAGAUACGGAGAAACUUGCUGCAAAGUUCUGGCCGUGGCGUGGAGGCUGGCGAGCACCGUAGAGUCAGCAGACAGUAUAGCCCUGCCUUGUACUUGCCCGGUAUCCCGGAGAGCAAGGUCAUCCAGGAACGCAAAGGUGCUGAGGUGAAGGAGGAAGCAGCAGCAGGAGGCGCAGUAGGAGGAGCAGCACCAGGGAGACUUCGACAUUCCUCCUCCAGGAGCAGUCGCAGCGGCAAGAGGAGCCAGCGGUCGCCGCCCGUCCAGCGUCAGCGGUGCAUCCAGCUGGAGGGCGGCCAAAGCGAGGAGGACGGCGCGGCGGCCCCCCAGGGCAGGGCCGCCUCCCGCCCACACCCACCGCCUGCCCCAGACUCCCGCCCCUCCCACAUUGAGGCUGACGUCAGCCGUGUGCCGGCCGCCUCGCCACCGCCUGAAGUGCCGCUGGUGGUGGUGGCCACAGCAGAGGGCGGCACCCGCACCCAGGCUCUAGGAAGGUCCCGAGGGCGCCUGCAGCACCCGUCAGCUUACAGCCUCACUUCUGGCGGCGGGGAGUCUCGCGACGUGCCCCCGAGGACCCACGCCUAUCACAAGUACGGCAGCGCCAGCUUUGACUUGGCGCGGCCCAGCCGGCACGAAGGGGCGCGUGCCGCCUUCCACACCACCCGCAGCAGCUUCGAGGGUGACCGCCGCCUCUCCAUGAGCCUCGGAGGCCCAAGGGCGGCAGCUGAAGUUUUCCAACCGGUGGUCACCCUUGAGAAGAGUCCGGGCGCGGCGCGGCGUUUGGCCUCUAUGGAGGCGGGCUCGCGUGGCGAGAGGCAGCUGCCGGAGGGUCCGCUGAGGGGCGGCUUCAGACGCAGCAGGAGUGAGAGAGUGGGCGGCAGUUCCGCGGGUGCCUCUCCUGCCCGCAGCGAGUCCCUGAGGGUGAGCAGGACGCGGCCGCACCCGCAGGACGUGGAAAUGACGGAGCUUUGCGGGCCCCGAAGGCUGCUGGCCUUGGAUGAGUACAGCAGUAGCAGCAGGCUGUCCCCCCGGGCAGGCAGCAGCCCCAGUGGCGCGGCGACGGAGGGCGCAGGAGAACCUUUGCUGAGCGGCAGCGCGAUGGCGCGAUACUCGUGGCGCACCGCAGGGGACGUGGCGGCGCUCAGACAGUCCUCGCUGGAAAACAGCGAGCUGGAGGACCUCAUGGAGAACAGGCGGCAUGUGGAGCAACGGCGGCUGAGACUGGCGGCGGACUCCACCACGCCCUCAGACGAGGACGAGGAGCCCAGGGGCAAAGUGCGCUACAACGACACAGGCUCCCUAGAGCAGGUGACCCGGCAGGUGAAUGAGGAGCUCGCUGACCAUCUGGACGAGCCGGACCUUACCUCUAGACACUCCCAGGAGAUCAAGGUACAAUGUCGCGCCCUCUGGCAACUGAGAACCACCCUGGAGGAGGAGGACCCAGACGACCAGGACUCAGACUCAGGCAGGAUGGAGAUACACAGCUCUCCUGACCGCCACUCCCCCGGACGAGCCUCGGAUCUGGACAACGUGACCAGCGCCACCAGCCACACCACCUCCUUCGAGAGCAACACAGACGCCAUCGUUGCGGGUGAAGGAGGCGGUGACGGAGGCACGGGCGGAGAGCCUGAGGUAGAGGUGCCCCGGGAACAUGGCCAGAGCGAGGCGGAGGUGAGCCAGACGCCCAUCACGCUGCCUUCCUCUGAGGCAAGACGAACCUCCUACAGGGCCAUCCUCGCCAACAGACUCAAGCAGCUGGACGCCGCCAACCGCCCCACGCUGUCCUCGGAAAACAGCUUCGACUCUGUGGACACCGAGUGUUCCUCCACCACGGACCUGAGUCGCCCCGAGGUGCUCACCACCAGCUUUGACUCCACGACAGACUGUCCCACGGACUCUACCAGCGACACUCACUCACACCGCCUGCAGCAGAUGAAGGCGGACAGCGGCUACCGCAGUUUGGAGGCCAACAAUGGCCGCCCGCCCAAACUAAGCAAAAAACAGAUUCACUUCGUGGAGGACAGCCUGGAGACGCCCGUAGACGACCCAGAGAGAGACCGCAGCCGGGAGCGGCAGCGAGACCCUGACUCCCGCACCGAGUCUCGCGAGGACUUGGGUGACCCGCAGAGCAAGCGAGAACGACUGAGAAAGGGCGUGGCGCAGCUUGAGCGACGCUGGAGUGGCAAGAGCCACACGAAGAAGAGACGCGAGGCGCUGCGGGAGAGGCACGCCUCCUUGGACACAGCGCUGAGUGGCUCCGUCGGCGGCUCUCUGGAGGGCGAGGGCGCCACCACGGAUGAGCUGAGUGGCAAGAGGUCAGUGCUGGCCAGAUUCCUGCGGACGCACCGCUACCCCGCCGCCCACUACCGCUUGCUGCAGCGAGACUAUUCCAUCGACGAAAAGUCCGACAGACUAUUCAAGGAAUUUAGCCGAACGGAGGUGCCCCUCGAGUGGGAGCCGCCCGGCCGCCGCGGACCAAGGUUGUACUCCGGUCGCCGCCUCCACCGCCACCUUGAUGCCGAGGGCUCCCCGAGGUCUCACCGCCGCAAGCUGUCGCCGCAGGACUCCAUAGAGGAAGAGGACCAGGUGGCGGCGGCGCUGUGGGAGGGCGAGGCGUCCAGACCAGAGUCCUUCGCGGACUCCAUCGGUUGCGACGACCUGCCCGUCUCUUUCGCCGUGGCCGAGGAGGUGGAGUGACCCGCGCCGUGGCUUCGCAGACGAGCACUGUGUCGGGCCGCCCCUGACGCGGCUCACAAACCCCUGUGAGACAGAAGGGAAGCACCAGGACCCGCGACGCCCCAGCUCGUCGCGGAAGGAAGUGUGAAUGUGCGUGGGUCCCGUCUGAAGGUCACCGUGGCAUAUCCUUUGGUUUAAGAAUCUCGUCGACUAGCUUACUAUCCUUACCUCUUCUUCGUGGGACGCGCCGCGCAGGGGGCGGGGGUCGGGUCGGGGGUGGUCACACAGGGGCGGCGGGGAACACAACACAGUGAUAAGGUGAUGAACAAGACAAUAAUGAAAAGCACAAACUCACACGCUCGUCUUUUGUACCAAGUGGUGAAAGGAGGACUGUGAUAGCUGCGCCGGGCGCCGCGCGACACACCAGCGUGGCGGGAACAGGACUCGGUGACACGCUUUCACAAUAUCAAGAAACUGAGCUAAUCUGUGACAAGCACAAAAUACAAGAGAACAUUGCCAAUGCAAGAAUAGUAUUACAAACAAACCGCACGUGCUGAGGAAAACAAAGCAGCAAAGAGUGACUAGUGAGGUGACCGAGGCGAGGACACGGUGAAGACUGAAGACAAAACAAAACACGUAGGAACCGUAACUACGUACAGUGAGAUAUUGUUAAGUCAAUCAAUGUACAUACAAAUACUGCUAUACACAACACUCUGAGGAAACCAUUACUCGUGAGGAUAUUUAUAUACACACAUAGCUGACUGUAUAGGUCCCAAAAAUUAUAGAAAAAUUAUACUGAAUCUUGAGUGCCAGGUGUGUGUGUGUGUGUGUGUGUGUGUGUGUGUGUGUGUGUGUGUGUGUGUGUGUGUGUGUGGUAGGUCUCUGCAAUACUUACAUGUGAUCACUUAUAGACUUAAGAUUUUAGAUUUAAGUGAGUGACGUCUGACUUUUUCCCAUCAACUUUUUAUUUUAUUUUUUCCUUUAGGCCGAGAGAGAGAAAAGAAUAGUGAAGAUGAUGUGUGGAAUUAUUAACAUUAUUACUGCGUAGUGAGUCAAUUCAGUAAAAAUAAUCGAUAAUCAGCUGUACAGACUUGCCUUUUUUACUCUCUCUCUCUCUCUCUCUCUCUCUCUCUCUCUCUCUCUCUCUCUCUCUCUCUCUCUCUCUCUCUCUCUCUCUCUCUCUCUCUCUCUCUCUCUCUCUCUCUCAUAUCUUUAGUGUCUUGCUAUGAAAUUCUGUGUAAGAACUGAGGCCUUUCCGUGCUGAGUGUUAAUUUGUAUUGCUGAAGGAAGGUUAUAUGCGAGUAAUAAUAAUAAUAAUAAUAAUAAUAAUAAACUAUAAAUUCGUGCCAUUUCCUCAUCAAGAUCCAUUAAGUCAUUAUUUAUCAUUGUUAUUGUUACGAGAUGCAUUUUAUUUAUUCGUUUAUUUAUCUCUUAAGAAAAAAAAAAAUAUGAAAGGUUAAUAUUCAGGUACUCUGGCAAUGUUUCCUCGCCCAUUCCUCCUUCAGCAGACAAGUCAGCCUCAGUAUGCCGACUAAGAUUAAGUUAGCAGCUGUUAGAAGAGUAAAAGUAACAGCAACAACAUGUAACAAAACGAAUGACAACACCCGCUCGCCCGCCAAAGCUGAAGCUGUGUCAGAUUGAUACCACGACCACAAAAAGACCAAAGAAAAGAGAACCGGGAGACAAUAUUAGAAAGGACAGUUGAGAUUAAUACCACGACCACAAAAUGAACUUAAAAGAACAGAUAGGAGAAAGCAAAGUUGAGAUUAAUACCACGACUACAAAAAGACCAAAGAAAAGAGAACCGGGAGACAAUAUUAUGAAGGACAGUUGAGAUUAAUACCACGACCACAAAAAUAAUAAAUAAAUAGAUAAAGAAGAAACUGAAAACAGAAAUGGAAAGCAAAGUUGAGAUUAGUACCACGACCACAGAAAAAAAUAAUAAAAAGAAAUAAAGAAGAAAUGGAAGACAUAAAUGGAAAGCAAAGUCGAAAUUACA